ACCAACAACAAACAACUCAUCAAAACAACUUUUACAAGACAUCGGAUUUCGAGAUGAGAAUGAAGAUUGUUUUCACGAUCUUGCUUCUUGGACUCCAGCAAAUAGAUUCUUCCACAGACACUUUCUGCUAUCAAAACCCUGAAUGUGGUCCUGAAAGUUGGGAUCACACAUAUCCGACUUGUAAUGGAACCAUGCAGUCACCGAUUGAUAUUAAGACCAACACCACAUGGAGAAUGGAUCAACUUGGUGCCUUCUCCUUCCAAGGGUACAACGAAUCCAAUCGUCUGCUGAACAUCACACACACAAAGAAGACCAUUAGGGUGACCCUAGCCCCGGGAAUGAAGGUGACGGGCGGAGGUCUCCCGUGGACGUAUCUCCCCGUGCAGUUUCAUCUUCACUGGGGGGGGUCUGUGGCUUCGGGAGGAUCAGAACACAGACUGGAUGGCCAACAGUACGGAAUGGAGCUCCACAUUGUUCACAGAAGAGAAGGGAUUAAUCUCACCGAAGCCUUCAGUGGACCCCAAGGUCUUGCAGUGAUGGGUUUCUUCAUAAAGAUCGAGUCGAACAUCCAAGAAAAUCCAUCGUGGAAGAACUUAACGCGUCUGGUCAAAAAUCUUACAGAAGAUGGUGAUGAGCUGACCAUCAAUGCCCCGCUUUCUCUGAUGGAUUUGAUCGGCAGUGUGAAUCUAACAAAGUAUUUCAGAUACAAUGGUUCCCUCACUACUCCAGAGUGUGAUGAGGUCGUUCUCUGGACCAUCUUCCAGGAACCAAUUCGUUUAAAUGCUUCACUGGUCGAGACUUUCUUCACGGACAUCUUCGUGAACUCUACCCAGGGUAGUCUGCUGCUCAACACCUUCCGCCCAACUCAGCAGAACGUCAAUGCAGUGUGGAUGUCUCGAGAUGCUUCCUCCUCUCCCCCCGCCCCCCCUCUCCCC